GAAGUCGGUGUUGACGGUGGAAAAAUCGAUUUCAUUCAGAAAAUUCCGGUUGUGCCGAUCGAAAUUGGGUGUUAUUUGUAAUAUUUUCCCGUACUUGUGCAGCUAUCGAGUGUUUUUGCGUGUUGGGAAAAUAAAUUGGAUACUAACUGGAUCAUCUUCCGUUCUCUACUAUUCUUGGUUGGCAUUCUUCGGACUAUGCCACCAAUCGCCUGAUUCAUCAAAGCUCAGAUUAAACUUCAAUGCCAUACAUUCUGAUACGUGGUAACCUAGCUUCCUACAGCCACAAGUACCCCUUUCGAGUGCUGGUCUCGGGAUUGAAAGCAUCCGAUCUCGAGCAGCUGAAUCGAUUCCCCUGCGGUGGAUACAGUGAUGAGUCUACGAUUGUCUAUCUGCAGCAUCCGUGCGUGAUAUUGACUGCACUAGAGGUACUUGGUUACCGCGUUGUCGCUUCCUCAUCGACGGCGGUCAAGCAGGACUACAACGAGUAUAUGUGGACUAUGCGUAAGGAGUUCCACGAUCCGGAACCAUUCGUAAGUGAAACAUCGUCCGCCAUCGUCGAACGGGAUAACCUGGCCAACUGCGGCCGUGAGGUGAAUAACUAUCCACCAAGCAAUAAGAUUGACGUUCCGGAGUAGGU